UUGUGGUACUAUUUGUUGCCUACAAAUACCAUUCCUAUCCUUCUUCUUCCUCUACAAACAUAACAUGGCCCCCUAUCUCUUUCUCUGCCUAUUCCUCUUCUUUCCCCAUCUUUAUGCUUCUUUUUCUUCUUCAGGAUCUCACUCCUGCUCUUCCCUAAUCCAGUUUAAGGACUCUUUUUCCAUAACAGAGGAUGUUUCUUCUUAUUGCAAUGAUUAUGCUGGCCUUAAAUCUUAUCCCAAGACAAAUUCAUGGAAGGAGGGUACAGAUUGCUGCUCAUGGGAUGGGGUCACUUGUGACCACCUAAAUGCUCAUGUUAUUGCCCUUGACUUGAGCUGCAGUUGGCUAUAUGGCAACUUCCCUUCCAAUACCACUCUCUUCCUUCUUCCUCACCUUCAAAAACUCAACCUUGCCUACAAUGAUUUUAAUCUUUCCAAAAUUCCAUCCGAGUUCGGUCGGUUUACAAGCCUAUUCUACCUCAACCUUUCUUAUACAGGGUUUGCAGGAGAAGUCCCAUCCCAAGUCUCCCACCUGUCAAAAUUGGUUUCACUUGAUCUCUCCUUUUGGGCUAAUGUACUAACAAUUGACAAACAUGCUCUGGAGGGACUUGUUCACAACCUAACCGAGGUCAGACAUCUGUUUUUGGAUGGAAUCAACAUGACUUCUGUUAAUGCUCAUGUCUUCAUGAAUCUAUCCUCUUCUCUAAGGUCUCUCAGUCUUGCUGGUUGUGAUUUGCAAGGAAAAUUCCCAAAAAACAUUUUUGAUUUGCCAAACCUCAAUCUCCUCAACUUGGGAGGCAACCAAAACCUCAAUCUUGAUCCUUUGAAGUUGAAUCGGAGCAGCAAUCUCGAACAUUUGGAUCUGUCGUGGAUGUCCUUCUCUACAGAAUUCAUUGAUUCGGUUGAUAAUCUACAGGCCUUAAAGUACUUCGAUCUAUCAGGAAAUUCUUUCUUUCAAGGAUUGUCUGUCUCAAUCACAAAUUUAUCAUCUUUGGAGUACUUGAUUCUUAGAGGCGCAAAUUUUUUUGGAGGAUUGCCUGACUCGAUGGGGAAUCUUGUGUCCUUGAAGUUUUUAGAUCUCUCCUAUUCCAACUUAUCAGGACCGGUUCCAAAAUCACUUGGAAACCUCUUGCAACUCACUCAUUUAGACUUGGGAUCAAAUAAAUUGAGUGGACAAAUUCCAUUGUCAAUUCUAAACCUAACGCAGUUGGAAUACUUGGAAAUAUCUGAAAAUUCUUUAGAAGGUUCUCUUCCAGAUGAGGUAACCGCUGUUCCGAAUCUAAUAUAUUUAGUCUUAUUUGACAAUGUACUCAAUGGAACACUUCCGUCAUGGUUGUAUACUGCUCCCUCCUUAAAGGGUAUAAUUCUCUCUCAAAAUCAAUUCAGUGGGCAUAUCAAAGAAUUCCAAACCAAAUCACUAGAAUAUUUAGAUCUAGAAAAUAAUAAACUCCAAGGUCCUCUUCCAUCUUCAAUAUUCCAACUUCUCAAUCUUACCUGGCUCCUUUUAUCCUCAAAUAAUCUUAGUGGUGUCAUAGAGUUUCGCAUGUUCUCAAACGUUCCAAAUCUAAAACAUCUCGACCUUUCAUAUAACAGCCUAUCCUUAACAUCUAAUGCUACAUCUAGUGUUAAUCAUAUAUUGCCUAAUGUUACAGACUUACUUUUGUCAUCUUGCAAUCUUAGUGAAUUCCCCCAAUUUUUAAAAGGGCUUAAAAGUUUGGAAAGCUUAGACCUCUCUUGCAACAAAAUUGAAGGCAAGAUUCCACAGUGGAUGCAAGAGGUGGGGAAUGGCUCUUUGACUUACUUAAACGUAUCUCACAACUCUUUGACAGAAGUUGAGCACUUUCCAUGGAAGAAUAUUGAAGUUCUUGACUUAAGCUCCAAUUUGAUCAGUGGAAAUCUUCCGAUUCCAGCUUCGACCAUCAAUUUCUUUUUGAUCUCAAAUAACAGUUUGAAUGGAGAGGUCUCUUCUUUAAUCUGCAAUGCCACUUCUCUUCGAGUUCUUGAUUUGUCCCACAAUAACUUGAGUGGAACAAUUCCGCGAUGUUUUGGAAAUUUGAGCAACAGCCUUGAAUUCUUGAAUCUGAAGAAGAACAAGUUCUAUGGGACGAUUCCUCCAAAUUUUGCACAGGGAUGCCGAUUGACUAAUUUCAACUUAAAUGGAAAUCUGUUAGAAGGGCCAUUGACACCAUCCAUCCUUAAUUGUAGAGGUCUAGAAGUGCUAGAUCUUGGUAACAACAAGAUCAAUGAUACAUUUCCUCAUUGGUUGGGAAGUCUUCCAUAUUUGCAAGUUCUUGUAUUGAAGUCAAACCAUAUGCAUGGUUCCUUGCGUGUCAAUAGCUCCAAGUCUAGCCCUUUUUUCUCUAAAAUCCAAAUUUUUGACCUCUCAAGUAAUUAUUUUUCUGGACCCCUACCAGUGAGAUACAUCAACAGCUUCAAGGCUAUCAUAGAUCUAGAGAAGAUUGGGAGUACAAUGUCGUACAUGGGGGUGUAUGUUCAGAGAGGUAGUGGCUUCUAUACCUAUUCCAUUGGAAUUGUUAUGAAAGGACAAUAUAUGGAAUUGGUGAAAAUUUUCACCAUGUGGAUGAUCAUUGAUCUAUCAAACAAUCAGUUUGAAGGGGGUAUUCCAAAGGUUUUUGGGAAGCUUAACUUACUGAAAGGGCUCAACCUUUCUCAUAAUAACCUUAGUGGUGGUAUCCCCACCUCAAUAGGGAAUUUGACAAGUCUUGAAUGGUUGGACCUAUCUUCAAACAGGUUGUCUGGGACGAUUCCAAAUAGAUUGGCAGAUCUGCCUUUUCUUUCGUCCUUCAAUGUUUCUGAAAAUCAACUCCAUGGUCAGAUUCCUCAAGGCAAACAGUUCAACACAUUUGGAAAUGAUUCAUAUGAAGGAAAUAAGGGACUAUGUGGAUUUCCGGUCUCGAAAGGUUGCAACAUCAUUGAGCCAGCACCUCCAAAUGUGCUUGAAAAAGAUGGCUCAAAAUCAAACAUUGCUUUUGGUUGGAAAGUGGUGUUGAUAGGCUAUGGAUGCGGAGUGGUGUUCGGAAUGUCCGUGGGAUAUGUUGUUUUCGAAACUGGUAAGCCGAAAUGGUUGGUGAAUUUGGUUGAAAACCAACAAGAGAAGAGGCGAAGAAGAAAGUCAAAGAAAGGCAAUCGAAGCGAUAGACGAAGAAGGAUCUAAUUACUGCAAAUGAUGUUUAAGAAUUAGUGUUGUAUUUUCAUAAUUUCUUGUUCUGUAGACCGUUUUGCCUUUGGUGAAGGGUUGCAUUGGUAUGUGUCUGUAUUUAUUAUUGUACCAAUUCCUCUGUCUUUCAUUGCAUUUCGUACUAUCUGUAAUGGUUUGUUUGAGUGUGACAUUUUGUAUGGUGGUGUUGUUUAUGUCUUCUUUCAUGACUUACAAUUUAGUCUCGAUAAUCUUUGCUACUGCUCAGUAAAGGAGAAAGGAGAACAAAAUGUCUCAA